UUAUCAUCAGAGGAGCCGUCGUCACCAACAGGGAACAUAAGAUGCAGAUGCCCCACAGGCCUGUGCAGUGGCUCGUUGUCAUGCUUCUUGUCGUCCUCACAACCGGCCAGUGUGAACAGAGCGACAGCCGUCGAGCUGUGACCGAACACCAGCUGAUGCACGACCGCGGGCGAAACAUCCAGAGCCUCAAGAGGCUCAUCUGGCUGUCAAGCGCCAUCGAGGGCCUCCACACGGCCCAGACCCGCUCCGCCGCUUUCAACCCGGCAAAGGUCCUGAACUUGGCCCUGAAUCCGGCGCUGAUCCCUGCUGCCGGGAGCCCCCAGCAGCCCGCCCGCGUCCGGAGCCUCCUGAGAGACUUCUUUAAUCCCUACCAGACACAGCUGCCGGACGCAGAGCCCUAACGCCGCACUGAUGCACAAACACAAAGCUACACACACGCACACACACAAAACAAUUUAAUUGUGUCAAAUGUUUGUACAAUAAAACGCGUGAAGCACCACGACAAAGUCAUUCAGCUGGAGAACGUCUCAAGAGUUGAAAAGCAGUUGGUUUAUUGAUUUGCUGUACGAUCGCACUUCCUCCAGAGUCUGGGCCUUACGAACAAAUACACAACAGGACACAUUUAUUACUUUUUUGGCAAAAUAAAAUAAAAAUAUCUCAAUUUAAGGCUUAAAUGUGUAAAAUAACCGAAGAAUAUUGAAGGAUUUCCACGCAGCAGUCACUAAAGAGUGUCAGUUUUAGCAGACAGCUAGCAUUAGCCACCAGAAACCCAGAGAUCACUCAGUUCUGUAGUAGCCAGCUUCACAUAAAUAACACUUUAUAGAAAGAGCUGAGCUUUUUGUGCAUGUUGCAUUCCCUCAGUCUUCAGGAUGCCGACAUCUUACACACGUACGCUAAAAUGUGAAAUGUUCAAAUGGAAGGUGACGCUUUCUUUGCCACGUUCUUUAUCGUUUUCCUACAGCUGGUUACCAAAGUGCAGUCAGCGUGUUUAUUGUGACGCAAAUUCCUAGACGCAACUUCGGACAGAUUUUACCACCGGAUGACGCUACAGCAAGAAUAAAUACUGAAAUAACUGUACAGACAAAUAUUAGCUCAACCGACAUGUGGAUGUGUUAAUGAAUUAAUGCAGUGUGUCGUAUCUAGCUUAUUACUCAUAUUCUCUCAUCCUCUUCCUUCAGAUUCAGAGAUGCUUUUCUUUACAUGCAGUAAAUUCAUUUUGUGGUCGGUUUGCUCAACAUUUAUU